AUGAAAAACAAGAAACUCUUCAACUGCCAUUGCUGGUGCCACCAGAGUGAGAAGGUGACACCAGACUCAAUUAUUAAUCAGGUUAAAACCAUUUCCUUUAAUGACUGCAUUGCUCAGCUAUUCUUUUUAAUCCUCUUCGGAGUCACCGAAUUUUACCUUCUGGCUGCCAUGUCCUAUGACCGUUACAUCGCCAUCUGCAAACCUCUGCAUUACAUGACCAUCAUGAAUCCCAGAGUCUGCAUACUUCUAGUCUUCUCUUCAUGGCUAAUUUCAUUCUUAAUCAUAUUCCCCGCAAUCAUGUUGCUGUUAUGCCUUAAUUAUUGUAGGUCUAAUAUUAUUGACCACUUUACCUGUGAUUAUUUUCCCCUGCUGCAACUUUCUUGUUCAGACACCAAAUUCCUAGAGAUACUGGGUUUUUCCUGUGCUGUGUUCACUUUAAUGUUCACGUUGGCCUUGGUAUUUCUGUCCUACAUAUAUAUCAUCAGAACAAUUUUAAGAAUUCCUUCUACUAGUCAGAGGACAAAGGCUUUUUCCACAUGUUCAUCCCAUAUGAUUGUCAUCUCCAUCUCCUAUGGCAGCUGCAUUUUCAUGUAUAUUAAACCCUCAGCAAAAGACAGAGCUUCUCUGACCAAGGGCGUUGCUGUGCUAAACACCUCGGUGGCCCCCAUGCUGAACCCCUUUAUUUACAGCCUAAGGAAUCAGCAAGUCAGGCGAGCCUUCAUGGACAGGGCAAGGAAGAUUGUAUUUUUUCUCAGAAAAUGA